UAGAUCGAAGUUUGAGCGUAAACCUGAGCGUUCGGAGAACCGUUUCGCAACACGACCGAUGAAACCCGAUAAAGAGAUGUCAACUAAGUGCUUCGCUUGCGGUUUAGUUGGACACAUCUCAAGAAGCCCAACAUGCCCUGCUAAAGGAAGGACAUGUCGUAGAUGUCAAAGUAUCGGGCAUUUCGAGAAAGUGUGUCGAAAGCGUCUAAGCACACCACAUUCGAUCGCACCGGGAAGGAAAGUUCACGUGAUUGAAGAUGUCGUGGAGCCGCAGCCAGGACCGGCUGCAGAAGAACCGGAACGAAAGGUCUACUAUACUUUCCAUGCCGGUAACAACACGAACGUGUUCGACUGCAAAAUCGGUGGCGUGGCGGUCGAAAUGUUAGUCGACUCAGGAUCGGACGUCAACCUUAUAACAGCGAAGACUUGGGACGAGUUGAAACGGCAACAAGUUCGCGUAACUGAAUGUGUGAAGGGCUGCAGGAAGACACUCAAGGCGUAUGGAAGUGAUAAACCGUUGGAAGUUCUGGGUACAUUCAGAGCGCACGUCGAAGUUGGAAAGCGUACGAUCGAUGCGGAAUUCUUCGUGACAUUGAGCGGGCAACGGAAUUUACUCGGUGAUGUAACAUCUAAACAGCUGGGUAUUUUGAAGAUUGGUAUGGAGGUUGACCAAAUUAUGGAUGGUGGAGCAGGUCAGGCACCGUACCCCAAGAUUUCGGGAACAAGAAUUCAUAUCCAUAUGAACCCGGAUAUGGUACCGAUUUUUCAACCCGUGCGUAGAAUUCCCAUUCCCCUGGAAGGCGCGGUGAACGCUAAGUUGGAUGAGCUUUUAGCUAAAGACAUCAUCGAAGUCAAAAAUGGACCAGCGGCUUGGGUAUCUCCACUCGUUGUUGCCAACAAAGCGAACGGUACCAUUCGCCUAUGCGUGGACUUGAGGCGUGUCAAUCAAGCUGUAGUACGGGAGCGCCACCCCAUGCCUGUGAUCGACGACAUUAUGACAAAAAUAGGCAAAGGCAAGAUAUGGAGUGUGCUUGACGUGAAAGAUGCGUUCUUUCUUCUCGAGCUGGAUGAUGAGUCGAAGGAUAUAACGACCUUCAUCACACAUCGCGGCUUAUACCGGUUCAAGCGGUUGCCCUUCGGAUUAGUUUCGGCUCCGGAAAUCUUUCAGCGUACCAUGGACGAGAUGUUGGCUGAUUGCGAGGGGGCGUAUUGGUACCUUGACGACGUAGGCGUUGAAGGCAGUACAGUAGAGGAACAUGAUUCACGUCUUCAGAAGGUUCUUGCUAGAUUCAAGGAAAAGGGAGUUGUUCUAAACUGGGACAAAUGUAAAAUGAGGGUAACAGACUUUGAGUUUCUGGGAUUCAAAAUCAAUCCUAGUGGAAUAGAACCAUCUGAUACGAAAAGAGAUGCUGUCAUGAGUUUUCGCAGGCCUUCAAACGAAAGUGAGGUAAGAAGUUUUCUUGGUUUGGCCAACUAUAUGGGGAAGUUCAUCCCUAAUUUGACUGAUAUUGACGAACCGUUGCGAAAACUGACACAGAAAGGAAUACAGUUUCAUUGGGGCGAUGCGGAAGAAAAUGCGUUCAACAAGAUUAAGUACCACAUAGCAAACGCUAAAUCAUUGGGGUUUUAUCGAGCAGAAGACGAUACAGCUGUAGUUGCAGAUGCAAGUCCCCAUGCGCUAGGGGCCGUGCUGAUCCAGACCGAUAAGCAGACGCGUCAGUCACGGGUAAUCUGUUAUGCAUCCAAAUCGCUCACAGACACGGAAAGGAGGUACUGCCAUACCGAAAAGGAAGCACUAGCGCUGGUGUGGAGUGUGGAGCGAUUCCAGAACUAUUUGAUAGGCAAAGAGUUCAACCUUGUAACGGACUGUAAAGCUCUAACAUUCUUGUUUACGCCAUCCUCGCGCCCGUGUGCUCGCAUUGAACGAUGGGUGUUGCGGUUGCAAGGAUUCCAGUACAAGGUCGUCUAUACUGCGGGUCCAUCGAACAUCGCCGAUGUUUUAUCCAGAUUAUCCGUAUCGGAACCUAGAGCCUUUGACGAUUCGGAAGAACUGGUGGUUCGUGAAAUAGCAAGUACUGCUGCUACAGCUGUGGCGCUGAAAUGGCACGACAUUCAAAAGGCUAGCCAUGAGGAUGAAGUGAUAUGUCAAAUAUUCCAAGCCCUGGAAUCCGGAAUAUCUGAUCAACUACCGUUGCCAUAUAAAAUGAUUUUUGGAGAGCUUUGUCGGGUAGAUGAGGUACUAUUAAGGGGUGAUCGAAUCGUGAUUCCUCAAAGCCUCCAGCAAAGAGUACUGCAGCUGGCACAUGAGGGUCACCCAGGCAUGCGCAUUAUGAAGGGGCAUUUACGUGCAAAUGUGUGGUGGUCAAAAAUGGAUGCGCAAGUAGAACAAUAUGUAAAAACCUGUCGAAGCUGCUCCCUUGUAUCGGCUCCAAAUCCGCCCGAACCAAUGACUCGAAAAACACUUCCUUCUCGACCAUGGGAACAAAUUGCCAUUGACUUUUUGGGUCCUCUUCCUGAAGGAGAGUAUCUUCUAGUUUGCGUCGAUUACUACAGCAGGUAUAUAGAGGUAGUUGAAAUGAACGACAUUUCAACCUCAUCCACUACACAAGAGCUGCUAACAGUGUUUUCGCGCUAUGGAAUUCCUGAAUCUCUUCGAGCGGACAAUGGUCCACAAUUCUCUUCUGAAGAAUUUCGUAUGUUCUGCGAGGAAUACGGCAUUUGUUUGGUGAGCACUAUCCCCUACUGGCCCCAAAUGAAUGGUGAGGUUGAACGACAGAACCGCUCCAUUCUGAAGCGUUUGAAGAUAGCUCAAGAGCUUGGACGUGAUUGGCGUAAAGAACUGCGACAAUACAUGCUAAUGUACCAUUCGGCAGCGCAUUCGACAACUGGCAAAGCGCCUUCAGAGCUAAUGUUCGGUUGGCGCCUCCGAUCCAAGGUUCCCAAUGUGCCUACAGUCGACAACCAAAACGAAGCUGUGAGGGAUCGAGAUAUGUUGGAGAAGGAGAAAGGGAGAGUCUAUGCAGAUAACCAUCGAAAAGCAAAGUCCAGUGGAAUUGAAGUGGGGGAUACGGUUUUGGCUAAACGGAUGAGAAAGGAAAAUAAGCUCAGUACGGAGUUUACCUCGGAAGAAUUUACGGUUUUGGAUAAAAAGGAUCAUCUGGAAAAACAUACAACAGAAGUGCAGCUCAUCUGA